CUUUUGCUAAAAGAGCCCGAUAUCAACGUGUGAAGGGUUACAGCCAUUCGUCACGAUGUCGAUGGCGCACGAGUGGCGCCCAUGCACAUGGCAGGUAAAUGCCGAGUUGGAAGCAUGGAUGCAUUUGCAGCCGGCUGUCCAACUUUUGUUUGUCUCACAGCUGGCACGGCAGCUUGCUAAGCAGCUGGAUUGCGAAAGGGGCUGCUGCCAGCCUCCAGUUUUUGAGGCCAGUGUGCCUCUGCGUUCAAUGCCUGGAGCAAUCUUUGAAAAAGACCUUUUGCAAGUGGCUUCCACAGAGGAGGAGUCCGAGAAGGACACGAGGCGACUCUCAGUUGGUACGACGGCUACGGGGGUCCCCGAAGAGGAUGAUGUGCUUCAGGAGCUUGAUGAGUCUGACGAGGGGGAGGAUAUCAAUAACGUUGAUGAUCAUUCGGACGGAGAUGGUGUUGCCCAGGCAUCCGCGCAGCAAGGAUUGCUCAAUGCUGAGUCUGAGGAUGAUUUAGAGGCACCAGAAGUGCUCAAGACUGAGUCCGAGGAUAAUCUGGAGGCGGCGAUGUUAGGCUUAUGGACUGGGGCCUCACUGCCUCACUCGGUUCUUUUGUACUCUGCCUCUCACUUGAAUUCAUUUGACCUGUGCCUUGAGGAAUCUGAAGGUGGACAUGAAAACUUUGCCGGCAGUGACGCUGGAUGGCUGAUAUCAGCUGAGGAGUUCUAUCUCGACUUGUUUUCUCGCGCCUUCUCUCCCGUCAACGAUGCCACCGAAAGGGAUGAGCUGGGCGGAUCUGGUGAGAAAAAACGGAUCCAGCAAGGGCAACGGUGGUGCCCAAGACCUCAGGAAAAGGAAGCCCCCCUUCUAGUCCAGAGCCAGAAGCAAGGGAGGAAGCCUGCGCACAAGAACCCGAGCCUGCGAAUGCCCACCAUAGUGCUGGAGCGGAGGAGGGAGGAGUCGGCGCAUCCCAGUGGUUCCUGCAGUGCGAGGAGCUCAGAACUCCUGGAGAAGCAAGAGCCGGAGCCCGCAGAGCCAGAAGAGCCCACAGAGCGCGCAGAGCCAGCAGCGCCAGCAGAGCCGGCAGAGCGUGCAGAAGCAGCAGGGGAAUCGAAAACAAAGACAGUCCUGACGGGCUGGGCGAAAUUAUUUGGAGGACCCAGUGCAGCAGACCCGGCUCCCAGAAAGGGAAGCAAGGGCUCUUCAAAAGGAUCAAAAGGCAAGCAGCCCACAAAUCCUCGCGAAGUCCAGGUGCCCAAGACCUCAGGAAAAGGAAGCCCCCCUUCUAGUCCAGAGCCAGAAGCAAGGGAGGAAGCCUGCGCACAAGAACCUGAGCCUGCGAAUGCCCACCAAAGUGCUGGAGCGGAGGAGUCGCAGCCUUCCAGCAAGGCUUCAACUCCGAGGGAGGAGUCGGCGCAUCCCAGUGGUUCCUGCAGCGCGAGGAGCUCAGAACUCCUGGAGAAGCAAGAGCCGGAGCCCGCAGAGCCAGAAGAGCCCACAGAGCGCGCAGAGCCAGCAGCGCCAGCAGAGCCGGCAGAGCGUGCAGAAGCAGCAGGGGAAUCGAAAACAAAGACAGUCCUGACCGGCUGGGCGAAAUUAUUUGGAGGACCCAGUGCAGCAGACCCGGCUCCCAGAAAGGGAAAGAAGGGCUCUUCAAAAGGAUCAAAAGGCAAGCAGCCCACAAAUCCUCGCGAAGUCCAGGUGCCCAAGACCUCAGGAAAAGGAAGCCCCCCUUCUAGUCCAGAGCCAGAAGCAAGGGAGGAAGCCUGCGCACAAGAACCCGAGCCUGCGAAUGCCCACCAUAGUGCUGGAGCGGAGGAGUCGCAGCCUUCCAGCAAGGCUUCAACUCCGAGGGAGGAGUCGGCGCAUCCCAGUGGUUCCUGCAGUGCGAGGAGCUCAGAACUCCUGGAGAAGCAAGAGCCGGAGCCCGCAGAGCCAGAAGAGCCCACAGAGCGCGCAGAGCCAGCAGCGCCAGCAGAGCCGGCAGAGCGUGCAGAAGCAGCAGGGGAAUCGAAAACAAAGACAGUCCUGACGGGCUGGGCGAAAUUAUUUGGAGGACCCAGUGCAGCAGACCCGGCUCCCAGAAAGGGAAGCAAGGGCUCUUCAAAAGGAUCAAAAGGCAAGCAGCCCACAAAUCCUCGCGAAGUCCAGGUGCCCAAGACCUCAGGAAAAGGAAGCCCCCCUUCUAGUCCAGAGCCAGAAGCAAGGGAGGAAGCCUGCGCACAAGAACCCGAGCCUGCGAAUGCCCACCAAAGUGCUGGAGCGGAGGAGUCCCAGCCUUCCAGCAAGGCUGCUUCUCAAAGGGACGAUUCACCGCAUGUCAGCGCUGAGUCCAGCAGUGCGAGUAGUUCUGGACCGCCAGAGCCAGCGAAGGAGGAAGAACCUCGAGACCAAGCGGUGAACGGACCUGCAAUCUCAUUUGAGGAUGGAACUAACUCCGCGGUUCCACUGACAAAGGCUGGACGUUUUGAAGAUGGAGAUGGAUCUGAGGAUUUGUCCGAUGACCGGCUUGAGUUAGACACGUUCGACUAUCGAACGUAUUACCUAAAUGAUCUUCGAAAUCGAGAUUCGGACACAGAGCCAACAAUUUACGGUUCUGAUUCGGAAUCCUCUGAUGAGGGCCACGUGUCCAAGCCCAUGCAAGGGCACUCCCAGCUUUGCGGGUACAGGUGGCAUGGUGCAUGGAAUUUGCAGCGACAUGCCACAGUUCGGGAGGUUUUGCCUCAAAGUGAACCAGUUCAGCAAGAUGAGGAGGAAGAGGAGGGAGUCAUGGAAGUCUCGGAGGAAUCUGAAGGUGGACAUGAAAGCUUUGACGGCAGUGACGCUGGAUGGUAG